GUGGCCGCCGCCGCUGCGCCUUCCAGUCAGGCUUCUCUCUAGCCCUCUAUGUGUCUAGGCCACUUGGGUCCUGCAUUGAGAGCCCGUGCUGGGAUGACUUGGAGACCCCGGGCCGACUGCUGCUCAAACACCGCGUUGUGCUCCGGCUUCCUGUUCACCGAACAUCCGCUGCCCUCAUCUUUGGACUUUCUGCUCGGACGGGGACAAGUGCAUCUCUGCAGCCAGUGAUUGACCUCAGCGGCGACAUGUCCCCAAGUGGCACAUCACUGGCACGUUGGCUGCGGCGCAUGUGACAAACGGGGUCACGUAAAAGACAGCCCGGGACCCAUGGAGCCUGAACGGAGAGGAUCGUUUGACAUGGACGAUGAAGAUGGCCGAUGUUUGCUAGAUGUAAUUUGUGACCCCCAAGCUCUGAAUGACUUUUUACAUGGAUCAGAUAAGAUUGAUGGAGACGAUUUGCUGGAUAACACUGGAGAUGCAGCAAAUGCCUUCUUCGUGGGCACUGGGCUUCAUGUUCAGGAAACUCCAGGGAACCAUUUAACUACAGAACCAAACCCCCCAGCUGGUGGUGUAGAUUUGGACUUUUUGCCCGAUGACAUCCUUGGGUCUCCAUCAGGGGCGAGCGCCGGCCUCUCAAACUCUGACCAGCCAUGCGACAUCCUCCAGCAGAGCUUGCAGGAGGCCAACAUUACAGAACAGACUCUUGAAGCCGAGGCAGAACUGGACUUGGGCUCUUUCCAGCUCCCUAAUCUGCAACCAGUGGUGCCGGCUGCCCCGGAUGGGACCCCUCAAAUAUUUUCUGGCGGUGCAGACCUUAUUGGACUUCAGCAGCCGGCAGUGCUGACGCACCAAGCAUUAGUGCAGCAGUCAGUGGGGCAGGAUGUGGUCAACAAGGCAAUCAGCGUACAACCGUUUAUCCAACAAGUUGGACUCAGUAAUGUUACAUUACAGCCCAUCUCCAACCUCCCAGGGUUGCCCAAUGGCAGUCCUGGGGGGGCAUUGGGGAUUGGGCAAAUACAAGUGGUGGGACAACAAGUGAUGGCCAUCAACCAGCCUGCACAACAGAUCAUUGCCAAGCCAGUGCAGUCAACACAGGUGGCCAAUCUGCCGGUAGGUAGCUACCUAGCUGGCAGCACCCAAGAGCAGCAGCAGGUCGCGUUAGCGUCAAGUGGGGUGUCUCCACAGAACGCCGGAUUGGUCCUACAGAACAAAAUUCCCACUGUGGCCACCACACUGAAUGGCAGCUCCAUGUUUGCCAGUGUGUCGGCGGCUCAGUGCACUCAGUCGCUCACAGUGACUUCCAGUCUGAACAGCCCAGUUAUUAUACAACGGACUCCAACUCCAAUACAACCCAAACCGGCUGGUGUACUCCAGCAAAAACUGUUCCAGAUCUCGCCCAAACCGUUCGCUCCCAACAAUACCACACUCACCAUUCAGGGGGACGCAUCACUGCAGCAACAGCCGAAAGCUCAGCAAAACCUGACAUUCAUGGCCGGGAAACCUGGUCAAAAUGUCGUCCUUUCCAGCUUUCCCCAGGGCCUUUCUGCCAAUGUCUUUAAACAGCCUCCUCCACAGCAGCAGGCACUCGGCAAACACAUGAGUGUCCAGCUGCUAAACCAAGGCAGCAGUAUUGUCAUCCCGGCUCAGCAUGCCCAGGCCAUGCUGCAGGGACAGAACCAGUUCCUCUUGCCAGGAGCUUCAGCCGUCCAGCAGCUUUCUGCACUGCAGGCCAACAUGAGUGGCCAGAUCUUAGCUGCUUCCCACCCCAGUGGACAAGCCCACAUCAUCGCCAGCCAAGGUCCAGGAGGCCAAAUUCUCAAUCAGGCCCUUGCCAGCCAGCUGAACUUGGGGCAGGUCCUCACGUCUCAGAACGCGCAUGGCACUGCUCACAUACUGUCUGGCCCCAUACAGCUGCAGGCGGGGCAAGUUGGCCAACCUACCUUGUUCCAGAUGCCAGUCUCCCUGGCCAAUAGCCUGAGCACCCAGAGUCAACCUGCAGUGACGACGUCCCUUAACCAAGCCGGGCAAACGGUUAUCCAAGGAGUGACUUUGCCCAAUCAGGUGGCCAUGUUUAACACGCCUGAGGGCCUCAGUCAAGCAGUGAGCAUCCAGCAGGCCUCGACGAGAAGCAGCCAGAGCCCGGGCAUUGUGCAACAAGGAGCCAGCCUUCUGUCCAGCACGGAGCAGACCUCCAUAUUGACCGUCCAAACGACACAACAGCCAUCACAAGGACAGGCCCAGCUCCAACUGAAUGUACAGCAGCAGCCGCAGCCCCCUCAGCAGGCAAUGCCAAGCCCCAGUCUUGAACCCAACCCCGACAAAAUAAUCCUUAGCCAAGCAACGCCAGGAAAUAUUAUCAGUGCAGAUUCCAUGCAGAUGUUCCUCCAGCAGAAGGAGCAGCAACAGCAGCAAUAUUAUGAAGUGACGUUGAAACCACAGCAGGAGAGCAGCCUGGUGCAAACCUCUGCAGCCCCACAGAUCUUUAUGCCAAUCUACAGCAUAGCCGCCUCUGGCAGCACUUUCAGCAUCAGUACCUCCAGCAGCAGUAGCGUACCCGCCUCCGUCAUAGUGAGCAGCAGUUCCGGCUCCACAGCCCAACCCAACCGUGAUUUGGCCCAGAACCAUGCCACAACACCGGAAUCCAAAGGACACUUACCUCAUUUCCCUACCAGCCAGUCUCAGCAGGCUAUGUCCUGCCAGAUUCCAGCUGGACAACAGAAGCUUCCCGGAGCCUCGCCUUCCCAUACACUACCUCACCCCCCCAGCCCUCAGCUGCAGGCCUCUGCUACCCACCAUUCACAAAUGCAGUCCCCUCACCAGUCGCGCCCUCCUUCCCGGCCACCGUCACGCCCUCACUCUCGGCCUCCGUCUCAGCCUCAAAGCAUCCCUCGUCCUGCUUCUGAGCCCCUUUCCCGCUCGUGUACUCCUCAGAUGCAAAACCUUUAUGUCAUCCAGAACCAAAUCUCCUCUUCUCCUCAUGGUUCUUCCCAGCAUCCCCUGCGUCCUCCUUCUCAGCCUCAGGUACAGACGCCUUUUCCACCUCAUCAGACGAUGGCCACCGACAUCCCGCAAACCCUCUCGUCCCCUCAGCAGCAUGUCCAGCUCCAAGUGCAGCUGGGCACCACCCAGCCUGACAUUCGGGCAGGGCUCCCUGUGUCCUUGCAGGCCACCCCACCCACAUCAGAAUCCCAAACGCAUACGUUCCCAGUGCAGUUCCAGGCGCAGACCCCUAUUAAAGCCCAGACGCCGGGGCAGCCCAUCCACUUGCCCCCCGAACAGCAGCGUACCUUUCAGAUGACCCCCAGCCAGUUCCAUGCUUUGGCGUUGUCCGGUGCCCUGCCCCAGCAGAAGCAGCUUUUGGAGAGAUUUCAACAGCAGAUGCAGCAGCAGGGCUUGAUGUUGUCAGCCCAGCAGCAGCAGCAAGGUGGGGUACAGACCUCGCCGGCGAUUAGCUCGCAGUUCACCGGUCAGACGUCUUCGUUGCUGAUCAGUAGUCAGGGGCAGCCGGUUUCAGCUCAAGCUCCCCUGCACGGCCACUCCCCGGGUCAGGUACUUGUCCAGUCCACCCAGGUGGUGCACAGUGAUGUGACGAAGAUGCAAGGCGCAGGCGUCCCCCAGGCUGCUCAGCUUUCAACACUAAUUCAACAGCAGCAGGCGUCUGUUUUAGUGAAGCCUUCAGGCACUGCCACUGCUCCUGGGACCCAAGACUCCAGUGCUUACCCCGGCACAGCCUUGAAAACCCCUGGGGGGCAGGGGAAAUCCAUCGGUGCAGUUUCUGUGCAGACACCGGGUAAAACUGGUGUCAUCAGCUCCGUGCCCAGCAUCAGCCUAGGGAAGAGUUCACUGCAGAUCCAAGUGGUUGGAAAGGGAAUCCAGCAGAUUGUGCCCACUGGCCAAGUCCAGACUCAGCCACAGUUUGAGAAUAAAUUUGGAGCCCUGAAGAAACUUCAAACACUACAGCCAAGCAAGGAAGCCUGCUUCCUGGAGCAGUUGCACAAGCACCAGGGCUCCGUUCUUCACCCGGAUUACAAGUCCUCCUUUCACUCGUUUGAGGACACCCUGCACAGGCUUCUUCCUUACCACGUGUACCAGGGUCUGCUGCCCAGCGAACCCGAUUUAAAGAAGGUGGACGAUGAGUUUGAAACCGUAUCCACUCAGCUUCUGAAGCGCACACAGGCCAUGCUGAACAAGUAUCGCUUGCUCCUUUUAGAUGAGUCCAGGAGAGUGAGUCCUUCCGCAGAAAUGGUAAUGAUUGACAGAAUGUUUAUCCAAGAGGAGAAAGUGGCGUUGUCCACAGACCGGCAGUUUGCAAAGGAAAGACCAGAUGAAUAUGUAUCCUCUUCCUCCUCGUCACGGUCUCAAAAUGUAGUCCCCUCUGUGUCCUCAAUCUCUUCUCCCCCUUGUCCUGCCCCAGCUCUGGAGAUCCUGAAACCGGCGGCAGUGCAAACCUCCACACCAAUACACCCUACCAAAUUAGUGAUCAAGCACAGUGGUGGGGGAUCCCCCUCCGUGACUUGGGCCAAAGCCUCCCCCUCUCUCGAUACAGAUGAUGAUGCACUCCCUUCCCGCAGCAGACCUCCAAUCAAGACUUACGAGGCUCGUAGUCGCAUUGGGCUAAAACUGAAGAUCAAGCAAGAGGCUGGGUUAAGCAAAGUUAUCCACAAUACAGCUUUGGAUCCUGUUCACCAAAAUCCUCCCCCGCCUCCACAGCCGCCAGCCCCUCCGACAACUCCUGCCAGCACUGUCAUCAAGACUACGGUUAACCCAACGCCAGCCACUACCACCACACCCACAGGACAGAUGAAUGGCACCCUAGACCACUCGUCGCCUGCUGAAAAGAAACCUCUGGCAACGUACUGUCGGCUGCCUCUCCGCAAAACGUAUCGAGAGAACGUCGAUGCCUUUGUGAUGGGUAAGCCUGCAGAUACCAGGUCAAAGGCAGAAACUCCGGUGCCCGUUGCAGCCCAGCCUGUGAAGCAGGAGGAUGGCUCUCGGAGCGUAAUUACGUCCCACAAGACGCAAGGGGUCUCUGAGAUCGAGAAGGGGAAGAAAGAGGACAGCUCUAGGAUGGUGUUCUUCAGCAGGGGGGACAACAAGGCCAUUAAGACCGAGGAGAUGACCAUGAGCUCAACGAGAGAAGUCAAAGAUGAAGAUCCUGGCUUCUACAGGCGGGUAAUCAAGACUGAGCCAAUGGAAAACGAGAGCGACUUGAGCUGGGAGAUUCCACUCCCUUCUGCCAAAAGGCUGAAGUCAGAGCAAUUUGAUGUGGAUAACGCCAGCUUUUCCAGUGACAGCCCCCAGGAUGACACUCUGAACGAGCACCUUCAGAGCGCCAUCGACAGCAUCCUCAAUCUUCAGCAGCCCCAGAGCAGUGGAGGCUCCAACACCCUCCUGCGCUCCUCAGUCCAGUCCUCCUACCAUCACUCCUCUUCCUCCUCUCCCUUUUCCUCUCCAGUCCACCGCACAGACUCAUACCUCACCCCUAACCACAAUGGAGGCCUGGGGGCCAGGACGUUAAACAGAUAACAACAGGUGGAAGGAACUUAAUGAGCGAGCCGUCAGAAGUAAAUUCAUUCGUUGCCUGGGGAAACAGAUGUUCAUGACACGGACAUGACACAAGAUGCUGCAGUACCUGGGGACAGGGGGAGGGGGUGGUGCACAUUUUCGGAGUAAGCCUCAAUUCUUUUCCCAUUCGUCCGCACCGUGUGGCGAAUGGAUCUGUGGAGAGAUUGUGCCUCAUCCCUGUUGGAAAGCAUUGUAUUGUAGAAACGUCUCGGAGCGAGGCGACUUUUUCUCCGCAGCCGCUGCCGACAGAACCCUUAAAGGACGCAUACAGCCGGUGAUCUGUUGCCUUCAAAACUUUUUUUAUUUUUUUUCCCAGUUACUUCCCAUCUCCUUUUUUUUUUUUUCUCAUCUCAACUUGAACUAUCAAUAAAAAAAUAAAAAUAAAUAAAAAAAUAUGAAGUUAAACUUACGACCUUAAUGAGGAGACCGAAGGGACUAGAGACGGGACUGGCUUCAAAGCGUAUUAAAAUUAUUGUAAUGAUAUUUCUUUAAGUUAUUCAAGCAUCAAGUCAGGGGAUUUUUUUUUAUGUUCUGUGUUUGUAUUUUUUUUUUUAUUAUUAUUUUCCUAUCUGGGAAAAUAGCAAAUGAAUGCACAGUGCACAUGGACGACUAAAUCUGAAAUAUACACUUUUUGUUUUUUUGUUUUUGUUUCGGGGUGCACCAACCUUGGAGAGGGGGGUGGUAAAUGUCUUGAUCGGGUAACCGCUCCUUUCAGUCAGUCAGGCUUGUGCGCCUGCUCUGGAUUGGGAUACAAGAGUCCCUUUUGUGUAUUGGUAAGGGAGGAUCAAGUGUCAAGAGGCCGCUCAGGUUUAGCGUAUGUAGUGAUGAAUGAAAUUCACCUAGGAGUCUAAUAGAGAUGGGAUUCGUACCCAGAUGUCACUGGCGCUGUCAGUUGGCAUGGAUUAUGUUGUACUUUCUACAGUGUUAUCAGAAUCUGCCCUAAAAAUUAGUUCCAGCACCGAAAUUGAGCACCGGGGAUCCCUUUUCAGAUGCUGGGAAUAGAAUUUCUGUAGCUGAAUCAGCACUUUGUACCAAAAAUUACAAGAAUGAUAAAUGAUGGACCAAUAGCAGGAGAAUAAAAUGUCAGCGACGGCAACAGGCGUCCAUUAAAGCGGCGGGGGCUAGCGAAGGGGGCGGAGUCAUUUGCAGUAAUGUUAAGUAAGAGCUCCGUCAUCCAAGCAGAGGCACUCUUGACACCUGCUCCCUAUAUAUCUUAGUUUGGUAUUUAUUUUUUAUUUUUUUUGGCAAAGUUUCCAAACUCAUUAACAACCAUCCCCCCCCCCCCUCCCCCCCAUUCAUUCUUCACCCUCCCGAUCCCCAACCAACAUUACGGUCGAAAUAUAGUACUAUAAAAAAGAAUUUCUACUGUAUUUAUAAUGUAGAAUGAUUUUUUUAAAAGAAUGAUGUACAUUUAGUACUUCUGUGUAAAUUAAAUUUGCUCCUCUUUUUAAA